AUGGCAAGCACUUGGGACUAUGGCCCGCUGGGCGUCGAACUGAAAAAGAACGUCAAGGACUCCUGGUGGCGCACAUUCGUGUGGAGCCGAGACGACGUCGUCGGGCUUGACGCUUCGAUACUGAUGCACCCCGACGUAUGGCGCGCGAGCGGCCACGUCUCCAGCUUCACCGACCCUCUCGUCGAGUGCAAGUCGUGCCACCAGAGAUUCAGAGAGGACCAUCUCGAUGGCCCCGAGUGCCCGAAUUGCGGCGGCGAGUUAACAGAGGCGCGCCACUUCAACAUGAUGUUCAAGACCUUCGUCGGCCCCGUUGAAGACCAGGCCUCAGAAGCCUAUCUCCGCCCGGAGACGGCCCAGGGAAUCUUCGUCAACUUCGACAACGUCCUUACCGCCACGCGCAGUAGACUGCCGUUCGGAAUCGCCCAGAUCGGCAAGGUGUUCCGAAACGAGAUCACCACGGGGGGCUUCAUAUUCCGAACGCGCGAAUUCGAGGCGAUGGAGAUCGAGUACUUCGUCAUGCCUGGAGAGGACGAGGACCACCACGACAAGUGGAUCAAGGACUGCGUCGAAUGGUACACCGGCCUCGGAGUCGGCCCCGACAGGCUCAGGGUGCGAGCACACGACGCAGACGAACUCUCACACUAUUCAAAGGCGACGCAUGACAUCGAAUACCUAUUCCCCUGGGGCUGGGGUGAGAUUCAGGGCAUCGCCAACCGGACCGACUACGACCUCAAAGCGCACACCGAGGCCAGCGGACAGAAUCUCACCUACUUCGACCAGGCCAGCGGUCAACACAUCGUGCCGUACGUGAUCGAGCCGGCGGCCGGAGUGGACAGGGCCGUUAUGACCUUUCUUGUCGACGCCUACACCGUAGAAGAGGUUACGUCGGCCUCAGGCAAAUCAGAGACCCGCACGCUCCUGAAGCUGCAUCCCGAGAUAGCUCCAGUCAAGGUGGCCAUUUGCCACUCUCCAGGAACGAGCGUCUGA